GCAAGAUCGCGGCACUUCCGCUGGCCGCUGGCUCACUGGCUGAUUUUGGAGGCGGCAGCGGGAGCGGAGGGAGCACGCGGCCCGGGGCCCCGCAUUCCCCGGCCCCCCUCCGCCCCACGCAGCCCGGACCAUGGAUGCCAGGUGGUGGGCAGUGGUGGUGGUGCUGGCUACGCUUCCCUCCCUGGGCGCAGGUGGGGAGACCCCCGAAGCCCCUCCGGAGUCGUGGACUCAGCUGUGGUUCUUCCGCUUUUUGGUGAAUGCUGCUGGCUAUGCCAGCUUUAUGGUACCUGGCUACCUGCUGGUGCAGUACUUCAGGCGGAGGAACUACCUGGAGACAGGCAGGGGUCUCUGCUUCCCCCUGGUGAAAGCUUGUGUGUUUGGCAAUGAGCCCAAGGCCUCCGACGAGGUUCCCCUGGCGCCCCGGACAGAGCCUGCAGAGACCACUCCCACUUGGCAGGCCCUGAAGCUGUUCUUCUGUGCGGUGGGACUCCAGGUGUCUUACCUGACGUGGGGAGUGCUGCAGGAAAGAGUGAUGACCCGCAGCUAUGGGGCCACAGCCACAUGGGCAGGUGAGCGGUUCACAGACUCGCAGUUCCUGGUGCUAAUGAACCGAGUGCUGGCACUGAUCGUGGCUGGCCUCUACUGCCUCCUCUGCAAGCAGCCCCGGCAUGGGGCACCCAUGUACCGCUACUCCUUUGCCAGCCUGUCAAAUGUGCUUAGCAGCUGGUGCCAAUAUGAAGCUCUCAAGUUCGUCAGCUUCCCAACCCAGGUGCUGGCCAAGGCCUCUAAGGUGAUCCCUGUCAUGUUGAUGGGCAAGUUGGUGUCCAGGCGCAGCUAUGAACACUGGGAAUACCUGACAGCCGGCCUCAUCUCCAUUGGGGUCAGCAUGUUUCUGUUGUCCAGCGGACCCGAGCCCCGCAUCUCCCCGGCCACCACUCUCUCAGGCCUGAUUCUGUUGGCAGGCUACAUUGCCUUCGACAGCUUCACCUCAAACUGGCAGGAUGCCCUGUUUGCCUAUAAGAUGUCAUCUGUGCAGAUGAUGUUUGGGGUCAACUUCUUCUCCUGCCUCUUCACAGUGGGCUCUCUGCUAGAGCAGGGGGCCCUCCUGGAGGGGACCCGUUUUAUGGGGCGACACAGUGAGUUUGCUGCACAUGCCCUGCUGCUCUCCGUCUGCUCUGCGUGUGGCCAGCUCUUCAUCUUCUACACCAUUGGACAGUUUGGGGCCGCUGUCUUCACCAUCAUCAUGACGCUCCGGCAGGCCUUUGCCAUUCUCCUGUCUUGUCUCCUCUAUGGCCACACCAUCACUGUGGUGGGGGGACUGGGGGUGGCUGUGGUCUUUGCUGCCCUCCUGCUCCGAGUCUAUGCCCGGGGCAGGCUAAAGCAACGGGGAAAGAAGGCUGUGGCUGUCGAGUCCCCUGUGCAGAAGGUUUGAGGGGCAAAGUGGAGGGCCCUCACCGUAUCCUUUUCCUCUCCUACUGUAACUUCUGAGACUGCUGGCUCAAGGGCAAAAUGCAGGUGUUUUCUGUAUCAAAGCAGCUCUGCAGUUGGGGUUGGGGAGCCCAAGGAGGCAGCCUUCCCUUUUGCCUUAAGUCACCAGUCCUCUAGUAGGCGGGAUUCUUGAGCCCCAUGGAAGAGAUGAGUCCUCAGUGUGGAGGGGCCUCUCCCCUCCAAGUCCCGGAAGUCUUGCCCUUGGCUCUGCCACCAACACCGCACCUCUGCUUGUCCCCUACCUUAAAUAGCCAACCCUUUUAGACUUCCAGAGACCUGCAUUUCUUACCCUGGUGAGAAAAGCACAAGUAUUGUAAGCUCCGAAUGCUGCUUUCCUAGGAGUAAGUGGAGGGCGGUGCGGUGCUAGGGAAGGAGGAUGGGAGAGCCCUGCCUGGCACCACCACCUCUGCUCCUGGAUCCCUAGGCUCUGCUCCAUGAGCCAGUUGCAGGUUUUGGUACUUCGGAAAUGUUUUAACUUUCUCUCAUAAUUUUAUUUUAUUAAAUUAAAUUGCUGCGA